AUGUUGGCUUCUCUGACGAUUUUUGCGUCUGAUAGACCAGAUACCCGUUCUCCAACUCCGGCCGCUGCAUCUGGGAACCGAGACUCCAAGACCAGUUCAUUGCCAUUUCACCCUGCAAGAGAGUUAAAUGCAUCACCCAAGGAUAGCUCGCAUAUCCAAGUGACCCAGAACUUCUCCUUCCUACGCCAGCCCGAGAUAUUCCACCCUCUCUCGCAGUUGGAAAUACCCCUCCCCUUUCGUUCGGAGUUCCCAAGCCUGCUGCCCGGCCAGCCGUUGGAAUCGGCACUACAACAACUUAAUGACCUAUGCAAAAAAGGCCAUUACCUUCCCGCGGCACAUUUUGCCGCUACGAUCCUAACCUCCAGCCUGAUAACUUCCACUAACUAUACCGCGAUAUUUUCCCUCUUGUAUACUCGUCUAACCUGUCUUCUGCUUACGGGAAAUACUCUCCUAGCCGCAGAGGAAUCAAAAGCCCUGCAAGAUUUGAAUUCUUCAUUCUACUAUGUAGACGUCAAGCCUGACCUUCCAAAGGAGGAUGGUAGCUCCCAGGAGCCCCCGGAAAAAGCUCACCUUGCUCCCUGGCCACUUCGUGUUAUUGCCGUAAGACUACAGAGUAUUGGGUUUAGUGAUACCAGGAGAGGUAUAACUGGACUUUAUGACCUUGGAUUAGAAGCUAGGAGACAUAUCAUACGUCCUGGUGUCGGGGCUGAAGAGAAAGCACUGUGGAAAGCCAGACUAGGUGAUCUGGGUAUCCGCGUUGUUAACGCCCUGGUUGAAAUGGGUGAUCUGGAGGCUGCUCGCCGGUCUCUGGCUAGUAUGGCUCCACCAUCCAAGAGUGACGUCCGCAUAUUGCAACAGAGAGCUCUUUUGCACCUAAGGGUAGGAGAUGUAGAUUCUGCGAAGGAUCUAUUUUCUAGCGUUUCUAGCCCAUCAGCCAACAUCGUUGAGCCGUUAUUAAAGAUGGCUGAGGGUAAAUUCGACGAAGCUGUCACUGGCUGGAACGAGCUUCUAAAAAUCUACUGUGGCACGGAUGACGAGGUUCUCAUCAAGCAGAACCUUGCAGUCUGCCUUUUGUAUGUUGGGGAUCUAAAACAGUCACGCGAAAUCCUAGAGUCGCUCGUUGAUGACCACAACUCUUUCCAAAGCCUCACGUUUAAUCUAGCCACCGUGUACGAACUUUGCUCGGAGGAUUCAGGGGCCCUCAAGGCAGCGUUAGCAGAGCGGGUGGCCGAACAUCCCCAAUCAGAGCAUCGCAACUGGGAAAUACCAAAUGGGGCUUUUAAGAUCUAA